UGGAGAUUUGAUCAUCUUGGUCACGUUGCUGAGAAAACAAUCGUAUGGUAUAAACGGCAUGACAGUCAGCGGUGUGGAUAGGAAAACGUGCCAAACAAACAUCGACACAACAUAAAGGAAAGAGAUGACCGUGAAAAUUUAAUAUAAAAGACAGAGAAACGGUGAUAAGCAUAGAUCAUGCUAAAGAGUAAGAGGAAGAAAACAUUCCUUCGCUAAAUUGUGCGUGUGUGCGGAUGCGGGGAAUACUUGUGGCAAAAUUAUCGUGCUUUUGCCGUUGUACCUUCACUGAGCAAGCAAGGAAUUGGAGCCUGUGGUGCUAAUUUUAUCAACGCUUUGAAAAGUAGCUAUCCCGGACUGUUGAAAUGGCACCUAACGCAGCGGAACCACUGGCCAGGCCUGCAACCACAUCAACUGGCAUUAAUGCCAUUUUGCUAGGACCGCCCGGGUCCGGCAAAGGAACACAGGCGCCGCUGCUAAAAGAGAAAUAUUGCGUAUGUCACUUGUCUACGGGAGAUAUGCUGCGAGCGGAGAUAGCCGCCGGGUCCAAGCUUGGUGCACAGCUGAAAAAGGUGAUGGAUGAGGGCAAGCUGGUUUCGGAUGAGUUGGUGGUGGACAUGAUCGAUUCCAACCUGGACAAACCGGAAUGUCGCAAUGGAUUUUUGCUGGACGGUUUCCCCCGGACGGUAGUGCAGGCGGAGAAGUUAGACAGUCUGCUGGAAAAGCGUAAAACUGGCCUGGAUGCGGUAAUUGAGUUCGGCAUCGACGAUAGUCUGCUGGUGCGACGCAUCACCGGUCGGUUGAUCCACCAGGCAAGUGGUAGAUCGUACCACGAAGAAUUUGCACCACCAAAGGUCCCGAUGUGCGACGACGUGACCGGCGAACCGUUGAUGCGGCGUAGUGACGACAAUGCGGACGCGUUAGUGAAGCGACUGGACGCAUAUCACAAGCAAACGAAACCAUUAGCCGAUUAUUACGCACUGCGAGGGUUGCAUUUCCGCGUGGACGCAGCCAAAAGUGCAUCGGACGUGUUUGGUAAUAUCGACAGCAUCUUUACCAAGCAGCGGGCACAUCGAUUGAGCUUGUAAAGGCAGCUGCAUUCGGCACACGACAACGGAUGACACUCGGAACAUGCAACCAGCUAACUACCUGUGACUUCUUUUACAUUACUUUUAAAUUUAACACUAACGUCGCUGUUUGACGGGUGCUUCGCAUUUCCCACCAUUAUGUCACGACCAUAUGUGUACACUGGUAGUAAGAGUUUAAAGUUCUUGUUGUUCAACAAUAAAACGAGAAAAGCAAUCAAUGUCAACAAGUA